AACUUUAUCGUGCAUAAGUUACGUGAAAUAAUUUCUAAACUAAGUAAACUUCUCGUCUAUCCCUGUCUCCCUCCUCAGCUGUUUUUGCCGGUUAUUUUUAGGUUAAAAUCUAAAAUAAAUUGAAGAAAGCUGCGGUGGUACAUUACAUAGUUUUGGUUAUGAAACAAUAAAGUGGAUCUCUGUCGCCUCGGGAGCGCCAGUCUUUGUGAACCAUGUCAGGGGACGUGCAGCCAAGGAAACGUAAGGAUAAGAAGAGGAAGAAAGAUGAGUUAGGCGUAGACGAAGCACCUCGUGGUACGGCUGCGGCGCUUGGUGAAGGCGAUGUGUUUAUGCAUUCUCCCAAUGAACAUGGAACUGGUGGACAUUGGUGUGCUAAGAUUAUAUUCUUCUCAUUACUCGCUGUGCUCGUAACUCUAAUUGGACUGAUUAUAUUGGAAAACAGAGGUCUUACAGAAUUGGAAGCGAAUUCUGUGGAGUCUCAAUACUCAGGAAUAUUAGAAGGUUGGCUUGAAGAUGCACCGGAAGAUGACCACCAUGACGAACACACACUAGAACUAAAGCAUCAUGAUGAUGAUGAAGAAGAUAUUGAUAAUCAUAGUCCAGAAGAAAUAGAUCAUGAUGAUGAGGAUGAUGAUCAUGAUAAUGAGGAUGAUGACCAUGACGAUGGUGAUGAUGAUGAUGACGAUGAACAUGACGAUGGUGAUGAUGAUGACGAACAUGCGGAACAAGAUGACGAAGAUUCUGCGCAAGAUGACGAAAAUGACGAGCGUGAAGACAAUGAUGAAGAUGAAAAUUCCAAUGAACUUGACGAUGACGAAGAUGGUCAAGAACAUGAUGGAGAUGAUGAUGAUGAUGAUGGUGAAGACGGCGAUCAUGAUAAUGAAGACGCUGAUGAAGAAAAUGCAGAACUUGACCAACAAGAUGAUGACAACAGUGAAGAAAGAAGUUUUGACAAAUCAAAUGAGGAUGAUGAUGAUAAAAUAGGACAAGGCUAUGGAAAGUAUGAGGAUAGUGGUGAAGACAAUAAAAAUAACGAUGAUGAUGACGACCUACAAAGGGUAGACGAAAACGAUACAGGUGAAGAUGAUGAAAGAAAUGAUAGUAUUGAACACAAUGACGACGGAGCUGAUGAAGAAAACAGUGACGAAAAUAAUCAGGAUGACAAUGAAUCGCGUGAAAAUGAGGACGAAGAAGAAGAACACGAGGAUGAAGAAGAAGAUUUAGAGGUAGAAGUAGAGAGACUGGAGAAGGAAGUUUCUGAUGAUGAUUUAUCUGAGGAACUGCCCGCACCCGAACUUGAUGAUGACGAUAAAAGCGAAGAAAUCUCAAACGAAAUAGCUCAAGAGGACGACGCAGAUGCUGAUGAUGGUGCUACGGAGGACGAAGAGUUUUUGGAACCUGACGAUAUUGACGACGCACUGCCUGAGAUCGAACCAAUAGUUGCGCCGAAAGGAAAACCUUUAGUUGAGGUUGAAGAAGAAACACCUAUCGUCAAGCCUGCUGAUACUUUGGCCGAAGAAGAAGAAUACGAGAAACAGCAAGAAGAGCUAAGACGUGAACAGGAACAAGCUUCUCACAUGUGGCUGAAGCUGGGCGUGGGCGGCGCGUUGCUGUUGGCCACCCACGCCGUCGUGCGUCGAGCCACUGCCCGGCGCGAUGCAUCAGCAAGUGAAGAGCACGAUAUUAGGGAAGAAACGCCUGUGAGGGACCGUCGAAUGACUCUCAUAUCUGAAGAAGCCGCAGCUGCAAUUGAUGAAGAAGAGGAAACUUCCCAACCAGUUGAGGAAGAAAAUCUAGCUGAAAAGAUUGCUUCUGUUAUUAAAACUGCUCCACCUCCAAAGGAAGAAAUUGAAGAAGAGGUAGUAGAGGAGGAAGAAGAAGAAAACGAAGAAGGGCCAAUAGGAGCCAAGGAAGUUAGCGCAAAAGGAAUCACGAAAGAUAAAGAACUGUACAGCGACGAAGAAGAAGACGAAGAAGUUGAGGAGGAAGAGGAAAUUGUUGAAGAAGUAAAGGAGCCUCCGAAGAAAGCAGCUCCAACUCCACAAAAUUCGGCGGAGACUAAACCAACGCCUGACGACGAUGUACCCGAUGACGUGGAAAUAAUCGAUAAUGAGCAGCUUGAGGAGGAAUAUGAAGAAGAAGACGAUGAAGAGGAGGAAAUAUCAGACGUAGAUGAUGCAGAGCUUCUCAGCCGGCUGGAGGCUAAAUACGGGCGUCUGCCCGAACCGGAGCGAUUCGGACCAAAACCCAAGGAUGGUGGGAACAGUAUAGAGGACGACUGGCCGGGAGAGCCCAGUGAUCAGUACUGGCGUCAACAACUCGACCAAGCGGAGGAAGAGCUACGCCAAGGCGCGUGGGGCCGGGCGCGGCGACUGGCGGGCGCGGGCGCGCUGGCGGGCAGUGCGCGCGCGCGCUGGCUGCUGGCGCGCGCCGCCGACGCCGAGGCCGAGGCGCGCCGCGACAACCGCCUGCUCUCCGCCGCCAUCACCGCCUACCUGCAUCUGCUCAAGAUGAACGAACGCCUCUCCGACCACAGGCUGCUCGAGGUCGCGCAUCGAACGCUUGACAGAAUACGAUUUAGAGGUAAUUAUUUAAGUGCGGAACCUGUGUACAGGUUGCUCAUUCGUCGGUUUCCUGACGUGCCCGACUAUCACAAUAAUCUUACGGUGUCUUUCCUCAUGGCUAACAGGGCCGACCUCGCUGAACAGGUCAUUAAAGAUACGCUUAAAAAGUGGCCCAACGAUCGCGUAGCACUGGCCCACCAUGGUUUUGUAAUGAAAACUCAACAUAACCGCAACGAAGAAGCAGUUGAGGCAUUCCAAAAAGCUUUGGAGGGCGAUGUCGGACCAGCGACUGAGCCACGGUUUUAUUACCACCUUGGAGACUCGCUCCUCUUGCUGGGUCGAUUCAAAGAAGCCCAUGAAGUCCACAAGCGUGGAGCGGCACUUGGCCACUUUCUAUCACCGGCGCAACGAUCGCUAUAUAAUGUAGAUCGACUAAAAAGUCAACCAUGGUGGAACAUAGAACAGACUCCUUAUGCUAAGUUAGCUCGCGCCUUAGAAAAAUCUUGGAAAGAAAUUUUGAAGGAAGGAGAAGCUGCAAAAGCUCUGUAUGAGAAAGAAAAAGAGGGUCUCAAAGAGCGAGGUGAAUGGUCGCAACUGGACUUAUUCGUUCGCGGCCAAGAAAUUCCCAAUAGAUGUAAGAGGGCACCUGUGACGUGUUCGAUCGUGCGGUCGGAAGCAGCCGCGGUGGGCUGUAGACGCGGCCAAGUGAAGUUCAGUGCGAUGGAGGCAGGCACCCAUGUCCGGCCACAUGUCGGGCCCACCAACUGCCGCUUACGGAUGCACUUAGGUCUCAGUAAUACCAAAGAUACAUACUUAAGAGUGGAUCAGGAAACCAGACAGUGGCAAGUGGGCAAGACGUUCAUGUUCGACGACAGCUUCGAGCACGAGGUGUGGCACAACGGCACCGGCACGCGGCUGGUACUCAUAGUGGACGUGUGGCACCCCGCGCUCACGCCCGCCGAGCGCCGAACUCUGCCAGCCAUCUGAACGUCCUCUCCGUCCUCGCAGUGUUUCAACACUACCGUAGUCUUGGUUUAUGGCACUCCCAUAGCCCAUGCGGGUGGCAGUCGGUCGCCCGCAGACCAUGGGAGUGUGACCCAGCUACGGACUACAUGUCAUAAUAAGGCGUCCGUUAUGUACACACCUUUAGGUACUAUACCCAUAUCAAAAUAAGGGAACAGGACAAGUUAAUAAAUCCCGAUGGGAAAAAGUAUUUUUAAUGUAAGAAUGAAUUAAACUAGUCAAUUUUACAUCAAUAAUAAUGCAUACAUCGCGUUUAGCGUUGCAUUUAAUGUUUACAUGGUUUCGCAAAAGUAAUAUUGAAUUUCUUUAAAAAUAAUUUGACGCAUAAUUUUACCGUACUUAUGAUAGUUACCUGUAAAGUCUGUCAUAGGCAUAUCAGUUUUAAAUUCGUGAACUGGAAGUUAUCAGUCGAUUUUAUAAUGAUCAUUCAUAUAAUAUAAUGUACCUAACUAACAUUUUUUUUCUUUAAAACUAGUAAAUUAUUGUUUCGGCUUAUUUAUGUAUAUAGCUGGCAAUUUUAUAAAAUAUUCAUGAUCAGUGUAUUGAAUUGUCUUAUAUUUCUCUGUUAAGAUUAAUAUUAAGAAUAAAAUUAUAAUGCUCGAUA